AUAGUGCACGGGCUGAAGAGCAGCGAUGUGGCCAAGACCUUCCGGAAAGCCAUCAAUAAGAAAGAGGGACUCAGGAACGUGGCGGGAACGUCGGAGCAGUCGGGAACGCAGCACUCUUACUCAGAGGAGGAGAAGGUGGCGUUUGUGAACUGGAUCAAUAAAGCUCUGGAGAAAGAUGCUGACUGUAAACACGUCCUGCCGAUGGACCCCCACACCGACGACCUGUUCACCGCCAUGGGGGACGGCAUCGUGCUCUGUAAGAUGAUCAACCUGUCCGUCCCCGACACCAUCGACGAGAGGACGAUCAACAAGAAGAAACUCACUCCCUUCACCAUCCAGGAGAACCUGAACCUGGCUCUGAACUCGUCGUCAGCCAUUGGCUGCCACGUGGUCAACAUAGGGGCGGAAGACCUGAAGGAGGGCCGGCAGCACCUGGUCCUGGGUCUGCUGUGGCAGGUCAUCAAGAUCGGGCUGUUCGCUGACAUCGAGCUCAGCAGGAACGAAGCUCUGAUCGCUCUUCUGCGUGACGGAGAGUCUCUGGAGGAUCUGAUGAAACUUUCCCCCGAAGAGCUGCUGCUGCGCUGGGCCAACUUCCACCUGGAGGAGGCCGGCUGCAGUAAGAUCAACAACUUCAGCUCCGACAUCAAGGACUCGAAGGCGUACUACAGCAUCCUGAACCAGGUCGCCCCGAAAGGAGACGAGGAGGGGAUCCCCCCCAUCGCCAUCGAUGUGUCCGGACUCAGGGAGAAGGACGAUGUGCAGAGAGCGGAGAUGAUGUUGCAGCAGGCUGACCGGCUUGGCUGCAGACAGUUCGUCAUGCCGACAGACGUCGUCCGCGGCAACCCCAAACUCAACCUGGCCUUCGUUGCUAACCUGUUCAACAAAUACCCGGCGCUGAAGAAACCCGAGAACGUGGACAUCGACUGGAGCUCCAUCGAGGGUGAGACCCGGGAGGAGCGGACCUUCAGGAACUGGAUGAAUUCUCUGGGAGUGAAUCCUCGAGUGAACCACCUCUACGUGGACAUUGACGACGCGCUGGUGAUCUUCCAGCUCUACGAGAAGAUUAAGGUCCCAGUGGAUUGGGACAAAGUCAACAAGCCGCCAUACUCCAAACUGGGAAGCAACAUGAAGAAGCUGGAGAACUGUAACUACGCGGUGGAGUUGGGGAAGAAGGAGGCCAAGUUCUCUCUGGUGGGCAUCGCGGGGCAGGACCUGCACUCCGGGAAUCGAAAGCUCACCCUCGCUCUGCUCUGGCAGCUCAUGAGGAGGUACACUCUGAACAUCCUGGAGGAUCUGGGCGACGGUCGUAAAGUGACGGAUGACACCAUCGUGUGCUGGGUGAACGACGCUCUCACUCAGGCGGGGAAACCCACCAUCAGCAGCUUCAAGGACGCGUCGAUCAGCAGCAGCAUGCCGGUCCUGGACCUGAUCGACUCCAUCCAGCCCGGAUCAAUCAGAUACGACCUGCUGAAGACUGAAGACCUGACGGAGGACGAGAAGCUCAACAACGCAAAGUAUGCUAUCUCCAUGGCGAGGAAGAUGGGCGCCCGAGUGUACGCGCUGCCGGAGGACCUGGUGGAGGUGAACCCUAAGAUGGUGAUGACGGUGUUCGCCUGCCUGAUGGCCCGCGGCAUGAAGAGGGCCUGAAGAGGGCAUGAAGAGGGCCUGACGAGGGCCUGAAGAGGGCCUGAAGAGGGCCUGAAGAGGGCCUGACGAGGGCCUGACGAGGGCCUGACGAGGGCCUGAAACCGCCUCGUUAACACAUUAGCAAUACUGAGGUUAAUUAAUAAAAAGUCAGGUACUUCAGGGUUAAAACUCCAAACAAGACAGAUGUUUAAAGUGUUUAUGUUGCUCAGUCAUCUGUGAUCUGCAGCUGUGAUGUUCCUCAUGUUUACUAAAUAAAUACAAUCAGGUACUUCAGGGUGAAACAGGACCACCAGAGAUUUCCUCUGCAAACAUUGAGAGGCUUCAAAGUCUGUGUUUACGGUUCCUCUUCUUAUCUCUGCUCAGGGUUUUCACUCAAAACACAAUCUUUUACACCAAAUGUUUGCAAUAAAUAAAGUUUUUUGUAUAAUCA